ACUUAUUAUAUUGAGAUAAUUGAAAUAUUCUAAUAGAAUAAUUUAGGACUUUGCUACGGUGACUUGCAAGUCACCAUGAUUUGGACAAAAUGGUCCAACUCUUCAUUAAUAUGGUCGAUCAGAUGUACUAUUUUCCAUUUUUCUAUGUUCAACAAACAAUCGACCUUUUCCACUAAAAGGUCGGCCACUUUACAAGUAAACAGUCUAUCACUUUCAUCAAGUGGUCUACUUCUUUCAUCAAGCGGUCCACUGCUUUUAAUAACCGGUCGACUGGAUGAACCAUUGCUAGUGAUAUAAUCAUAAAUAAUUAGAGUAAAAUAAUAAUAGAUAUGCUUGCUAGUAAGAGAUUUAAAAUUAGUACAAAGGCUCAAGCAUAGAUGACAAGUUUCUCGAAUAAUUAUUCUCCCGUAGAUUUGGAAAAUGCUCUGCAUAUUUAUUUCUUAUAUUUGACUUUUUUUUUGACGAAACGAUCCCUUGCAUUAAACAAGAAUACAAAGUUACACAUGACCUAGCUCCUGUCGAAGCCAGGCACAAAAAUCGAAACCAUUACAGCACGUAGGAAACAAAGACAGGGCCUUCUUAGCCACCAAAUGGGCUACCCUAUUGUUUUGCCUACCCAAAAACCUAAUAUGAAACCCAGGAUGUGCGGACAGAAGAUGGCGAAUUUCUUCAAAUAUUGCCCCACCAGCAGCAUCAGAGAUGCUCCCUGCGUUGACCUUGUCAAUGACAACCUUUGCAUCCCCUUCCAUCCAUAUAGCCUCAAACCCAAGGUGGCGACACCACCUGAUAGCUCUGCCAACAUGGGGUUCAUAAGGCCAUUAUACGUGGAUAACUCUGCCAACAUGGGGUUCAUAAGGCCAUUAUGCAUCACACCCUUUGCUGCCAGCACCAUACCCGCUGCAUCGCGCAAAACCAUUCCACCUGCUGCAUGGGACCCCUCACGGACUGCUCCAUCAAAGGAACAUAUAAUUCCUCCCAACGAAUCCCCCUGACCAAUAGGCAAGACCAUAGUCGGCGCCAUAACGGGAACAACACCAUCCCUCCUCACAUAGUGCGGAACCUGCAACCACUCAUUUACCUGAAAGUGGAACUCCUGUCUUAGGAUAGAUGGAAGGGUCUGUUGCCCCUCAAAAGCCACCGAGUUCCGACCCUUCCAGAUUCUCCAUAACAGGCACACCAACCGAACACACGAGAAGGCGAAGCAUCGCGUUCCAGAAAUCGUCGGAAAAAAUCUCAAAACACCCAGUAGGGAGUAUCUCUAACUCUGCAGCCAGACCCGCAGCCUCCCAAAGUCCUCGCGCUACGGGGCACUACAAGAAAAGAUGCUUAGUAGU